GGCAGCCCGGAGAUAAUAUCAUUACAAAAGGGUUCUAUCGAAUGGCACUAACGUCGCUGUCCAACGCCAGUGAAGGCCUGAGUGGCUUAGCAAAAUGGUCCAAGAACGGCGGCUCCGAGGGCGGCCGCUUAGUCUCGUUCCGUUGUCCAACCUGACCGGUCUGGAGUUUCGGGCAGAACAGAAGCAGCAAAUAACGUUAGGAGUUCUCAGUGGUGAAGCGACAUAAGACAACUGGGCAGAUAGAGUUCAACAUCACCCUGAUCACUGCCGUCACAUGUGUGUGUGUGUGUGUGUGUGUGUGAAUCAGUGCCAUCAUUGCGUGCUCGCCUGCUGUGCACUUCGUUGCUUACCGGCCAGAUCAUCAGCGUAGAGGAAUAGUUCCGUUCCGAAGCCGGCGAAGGCAAAGAUUGAGGAUCUGUUGACUGCGUGAGCACCGGAGGGUUGGUGCGCUUGUUAGGCUGUAGAUACACUGAACACCCAUCGAGACAGGGUGAAGUUGCUCGCGGUAACAGUGGCAGAUCCAUCCCGCAACAAUGUCAGCUCAUCUCACGGUCCAUGACCUACUUGUCCAUGCUACCAUUCUCCUGGUCUGUUCUUCGUUUGCUGCACCGCAGCCCAUUCAAAAGGGGCUCAACACCAUGGAGCAGUACUUUCAGGAGAAAGUAGUGGAGAAGGAAUCGUAUAAAGUAGUCGAGUCCUACCUUGGUAUUUGCGGCAUCUUCCCAUGUCCCCUGUUCAGGACAGUGACUAAAUAUCGGACCAAGGAGUACUACAAAAGGUCACUGCGCUAUGUGUGCGUCGCGGGAGCUCGCCUGGACCGAGGAAUUUGCAAAAAGGAUUGCAUUCUGAGCAAGGCGUGGAACGCCUGGUCAGCAUGCACUGAAUCGUGCUACCAGGGCGUAAGAAAACGCACAAUAGACAUUCUCCAAAAGCCCAGCAACGGUGGAAUUAACUGUCCAAGUACAUCACAGACCGAAUCAUGUAAUGUUGGUAGAACGCAGUGCAACAUCGCCGGAAAGUGCUAUGAUAAUGGCCAUGUGACGACAACAUCGACCACUUGUCAGGAAUGUAAUUUUCACGCCAACAGACAGGCUUGGAUAGCUCACUCUGGUUCAACUUGCCAUGACGGCAAUUCGUGCACAAAGGAUGACAAAUGCACCAAUGGAAAGUGUGGUGGGACAGCGUAUACAUGCUCCGAGUCAUGUACAACCUGCAAUGGGCAAGGAGGCUGCAGCACCAAAUUUAACUUCUGCUUCAUUGACACAUCAUCAGGUCCCACAUGCUACAGUGACGGAGAUCCCAACCCGGACUCUCCCUAUUGUCAGGACUGUUCUUUCUCUAUUGGAGAUAUUCGUGCUCGCCGGCCCUUCUCAAGCUCAAGUUGGACCAACAAGCCGGAGAACACUGUAUGCCAGCACUCAGAUCUGUGCAUUCGAAAUCCCAAGUGCAACAGCAAUGGCCAAUGCGUUGGCGUGGACUACAGGCAUGAGUGUGUUACCGAGUGCCAAGCAUGCAGCGAAUCCGGCUCUUGCGUCACGACGCGGGGAUGUCUGAAAGAUGGCAAGUGUGGCUGCCAGAUAUCGACGAAGUGCUACGGAGAACGAGAAACCAACCCGUCGUCACAGUGCCACUACUGCAAGACGCAGGAGAACGCGAACGGGUGGACGCCCAAGGAAGACGGGUCGACCUGCAAUGACUCCAACGCCUGCACGUACCGUGACGUGUGUGUUGCUGGCACAUGCAGGGGAACGGCAUACGCGUGCACGGUCGGAGAAGACCAGGUGUGCAUGAGUGCGAAUACCUGUGACGGCGACGGCAACUGCAACCCAACUUUCCACCGCAGUUCUAAGCUGUGUUACUCCAAACAGGACGAGUGCGACCAUGAGAACACCUACUGCAGUGGUACACAGGCGGUGUGUGCCAUCACAACACGCAAACAGUUGGCUGGAACGCCUAUCACGCUGGGCACCAUCACCCUAGUGGAUGACAGCAGAAGACGCUUGCCGACGACGGCUACCGACUCCGGUGAAGUAGCCCUCACCUCCAGCACUGGUAGGCUCAACGUGCAGUUGAGCAAUUUUCAGGUGCCAUGUGGAGGAGUGUGGUAUAGCGCUGCGAUCAGACCAUAUCCUGACGUUCCUGCUCAGGCAAAUCUGGGUACAGGGACAGCGACAGGAAUUAGUGGCCAGACUGUGUCCGUGGAAAUAUCGGCAUCCUUGCGGCAUGGCGCUCAGUAUCGGAUAACGGUGGAGGCUAGAAACCUGCGUGCAAACACCGUCAAUCAACUCUCCUUGCCAGUUCUGGUAGAUACCAGCGGACCAAGUCUAACGAGUGGCCUGAAUGACGGACCUCUGUCCCAGUCAGAGCCCAUCAACAGAGACAUUAAUUUUCAGACAAGUCUCACUCAGCUUAUAGUCAACUGGAAAGUCGCUGAUCUCCUGGACGCGGAAAGUGGCGUUGACCUCUCCACGAUACGCAUGUCGUAUGCCAAAUCGUCUGCCCCGAGUGUUACUUUGGUGCAGUAUGCUUCAUGCGCGAGUGCCCAGCGUGAUAGCGGAUACUGCACGCUCUCUGGGCUAUCCUUAGAGGCAGGAACACGCUACAUAGCCUACCUAGCGGCCACCAACCUCGUCGGCUUGACAGCCUCUAGCAUCUCCAAUGGCAUAGUUCCUGACAACACUGCUCCCAGUGGCGGCAGAUUGGGUAUGAACGGAUUGAGCUCGGUCAGCCACGAUCCGCAGUAUGCGUUUGUUCUGUCGGCAGCAGGACUGAGCCUGGACGCUACGCUGUCGGGCGUGUCGGAUGCCGAGAGUGGACUUAAGACGUUUUCAUAUAUACUGUGUGACCAGGACAGUGCACUGUGUACGGAAAGCGGACACACAGUGUUCUCUUGCUCAUCACGGCUAUGCGACAUCAAUCUAGAACACGCCGGUGAUCGUCUAACCUCUCAGGGCAACUUCGUCAACAACCGCAAGUACGUGCUGACGGUGAAGGUAGAAAACAACGCCGGCCUCUCUAGUGAUAUUCGCUCUGAGCCAUUCCUGGUUGACAGGCAGAUUCCCAGUGCAGGCAGCGUGUAUGAUGGUACGGUUGUAGGCAGUGACAUGGCCUAUCAGAGCGCUACAGGGCAGGUCAGCGUGAACUGGGCUGGAUUCAGUGAUGCGGAGUCUGGCAUCAGUGCAUACGGCUUAGAGCUGCUCCGCGAUGGCCAGCAAAUUGCCACAGGUACCGUUGCAGCGAGCCAGUCGGCUUACAUGUUCAGUGAAACUCUUCUCCAUGGCUCGACAUACGUAUCGUGUGUUACUGCUCGAGAUUAUGGGAGCAAUGUGAACAGAGUGUGUUCAAAUGGUGUUCUUAUUGAUGCUGUGCCACCCACUGGAGGCAAAGUCAAUGAUAUUGAUCCUGCUGGUGCAAGCCUGGCUGACAUCGACUACCAAGCCUUGCCAACAACCAUCAAGGCUAUGUGGAGUGGUUUCCAAGCACUGAGCGGCAUACAGAGUUAUAGCUGGUCCAUCGGCACCACUGCAGGAAGUUCGGACACUUUGGCGCGGCUCUCGGUGGGCCUGCUGACAACCGCGAGCAAAAGCGGUCUCAGCCUCGCGUCCGGUCAGCAGUAUUUUGUGAAUGUCUGGUGCACGAGUCGUUCCGGUGUGACUUCCCUGGUCAGUUCUGACGGUGUGUUGGUGGACACUAGCGCACCCAACGCCGGAACAGUGCUGGAUAUUUGCACUGGCAACAUCGUGCCGUGCACAAGCGGUGAGAAUGACGACAUCGACUUUUCGCCUGACAACGCGGAACUGCGAGCGAGCUGGUCUGGCUUCUCGGACGCGGAGAGCGGAAUAGUGCGAUACGAGUGGAACUACGCCGACUGCAGCAGCAUGGUCGGCCUGCAUGCCACCUACCGAGAUGCAGCUCUCAACACACAGUUCCGGAGCUUGGUGAGCGGGUCGCUUGAUUCCAAUGUGCGCUACUGCGUUGUCGUGAGGAGCAUUAACAAUGCCGGUCUGUCAACGUCUGUCUGGACAGAUGGUUAUCUGGUGGACACAACCGCUCCUCAAACUUUCCAAGUAAUGGACGGUCGCAGUGCGAGCGAUGACAUUGACCACCAGAAAGAUGUGAGCAUGCUGAAUGCAGUCUGGCAGUCGCCCAAUGAUGGACAGAGUGACGUGGAGUAUCAAACUAGUGUCGUCAAGCAAACCAGUGCCUUCCCUGCGGUGGACGUGACCGGCAAAGUACGACUAUCCAAAGAUGCCACCAGCCAUACCUUCAUGGAGCUCGGCCUCACCGAUCUGGAGACGUACGCCGUGGAAGUGUGCGCCGUCAACCGUGCUGGCCUCGAACAGUGCUCGACGUCUGAUGGUGUGCUGAUCGACACGACUGCCCCGACGCAAGGUCUAGUCUUCACCGGCCUGACAACCGAGGGCAAACACUACCAGUCGUCUACCUCCAGCCUGCAGGCACGCUGGCACAGCUUUCUGGAUCUGCAUAGUGACAUCGCUCACUUCUCCUGGUCUAUCCUGUCCAGUAGCACCGGUGCAGUGGUCAGAGCCAAGGAGAAUGUAGGCAUGCGUACAGAGGCCAGUGCUACUGGUCUGCUCCUGAACAGCGGCGAGCAGUAUGUUGUGGUGGUGGAGGCGGUCAACAAUGCAGGUGGGGCCGUAGAAAGCCGGAGUGAAAAGAUCACCAUUGACAGCACUCCUCCAGUGAAUGGCAUGAAGCCUGUGCUCACGUUCGACGGCAACACGGCAAAGGUCGCCUGGCAGAGUUUCCGUGACGAUGAGAGCUCAAUCUGGUACUACAAGUGGUCGGUGGGAGUUGAGCCGUUUGGCAAUCAAAUCACUGGUUGCAACAUGGCCAGCAACAGCACCACAAUGGCUGAAAUGCCUGGUGUGUACGUGACAGGCCAGGUGUACUAUGCCACUGUUAUAGCAAGAAAUCGGGCUGGACUCUGGACCUACGAGAAUCAUGGCUCUGUGGCGGUUGUGUUCGACGCUACGGCUCCAGUGAUGUCUGCUAUCGCCAUUGUUGACAAGCAGUCUCAAGGGGAGGUGACUGUCGCCUCACCAACGACACAGCUGCUUUGCAAGUGGACACCUCCCACUGAUGCCGAGUCAGCCGUGUCUCGCUGUGAAGUGCGCAUUGUUGGCAACACAACAGGAAAUGUUGCCGACCGCAGCGAUGUGGACGUCACCAGCACAUCCUACGAUGUUCCUGUCAGCAUUCUCAGUGGUGGAGAGUCGGCGUACAAAUGUGUUCUGCAAUGCUGGAAUGCUGAGAGCCUGUCUACAUCAAUCACCUCCGAUCCUGUGGCGGUGGACAGCUCUCCCCCCACAGCUGGUCAACUAGAUGUUAUGGGUUUUUGGACUCACAAGACAUACCUGGAGGUAUCCUGGAGCCCCUGCACGGAUGAUCAGUCAGCAAUCACCUCUUACGAGUGGGAAAUUGUUGACUCUGCCAGCAGUGCUGUGUCAGCUACACAGGUGGAAAGUGGAAGCACUCUGAGCGGCAGAGUCGAUGGAAUCAGCUUGAGCCACGGUGAGCAGUAUGCUGUACGCAUGCGUUGUGCAAACGAGGCUGGUUUGACUUCUGAGUGGACAUCGUCGCAGUUCACUGUGGAUAUGACGGCGCCAAGCGUGAGCACAGUCACGGCGUAUAUUCGAGCAAUGCAGAAUGCUGUACCCGAAUCCAGUCCCACAUAUCAGCUGUCAGCAACAUGGCGAGCAGCAGUCGACUCAGAAAGCGAUGUCACCGGCUAUAGGUGGUCCGUUGGCACAACUCCUGGAGGUUGCCAGCUAGCCGAGUAUUCCUUGCCUCAAGUACAACUCACUGCUGCAUGUGCUGGCUGCACGUUACGCAAUGGAGAGACAUACUAUGUAACCGUGGCAGCCGUGAAUGGUGCUGGUCUGACCGCCGACUCAUCUUCACAACCAGUUACCAUGGAUACAACCGCACCUCGAUCGGGACAAGUAGAAAUACGGAGUGUGUCUGAAGCGAGUGGAGAGAUCACGGCUCGUUGCCACUCCUUUGUAGACUAUCAGACAAAGGUGGAGCGGUGCAAGUGGGUGCUUUCUGACCGGCAAUCCACUCUGGCAACGGGAGCACUGACGUGCAGCUGUUCUGACUGCACAUUCACAACCUCGCCGCUACCAACACUCGACAGAGCAUCACUGCAAGCAGCCACGCAGACACCCAUGCUGCAAGUCAUGUGCGAGGAUGUGAACAAUCAAUCAUCCACUGCUCAGGCUCCGGUAGACUUGACGGCACCCAACGUCGGCCAGAUCGCGUGCAAGGCCUUUGCCGCGAGUGCGUCACAGGUGACCGCAGUGGUCACCGGCCUCUCGGACUUCCAGUCACCUUCGGUACAGCUGCGGUGGAAAGUGUCCACCAGUGGCAUGGCAGAGCAGGCGUGGAGGACUGAUGGAGUGACUUCAUCGUCACCCACACUGAAGGCAAUGGGAUUGAGUCUCCAGGAGCAACUAGACUACAGUCUGAUCAUCGAAGCAACGAAUGCACAGGAUUUGACUGUAACGACCAGCUGCUCGUUCCAAUUGGAUAUGACGCCACCAACACAGGGCACGGUGAAGUUUGCUGCCGGCAGUCAAUAUGUAUCCAGCCUGGAAGCACUGUCCAUCGAGUGGAGUGACAUUCAAGACCAGCAGAGCGGUAUAUCCAAAUUCGAAUGGUGUCUGUCCAGCCCAGGCCAGCUAUCUAAUCGCGUCAUGUGCCAGGAGACUGCGGGCACAGUGAGCACAGCUCACUGCCGCACAUGCCCCGUUGUUGCAGGCUCUCCGUACACCGUUCGCGUUGAGGCGGUAGACAACGCCGGCCUAAGCACAGUGACGACGUCCAAUGCAGUCACUCUGGAUACAAGCGUUCCCACAGCGGGGAGCGUGUAUGAAGGCCAGCGCUCUGGCGAUGAUAUCGACUAUGUCAAGUCGACGAGCAUGCUCGGCUUGCAGUUUGCCGGCUUUGCUGACACAGAGUCUGGCAUAGACCGCUGCAGAGUAGAUUUAGUUCAGACUCAAGAGCAGACUGUGGUCUGGACCAGCACAGUCACCAGCGACCAGAGCUCUCUCACCAGAGACAGUGCGGGGCUCCCCAGCGGCGUUUCUCUGACUACGCGUGUGACGUGCUGGAACAGAGCUGGUCUGAGUGUAUCGAACACGUCGGAUGGCAUUGCAGUCGACUCGUCGGCACCAGCGUUCACUGCAGUGCGUCGCAACGUUGUAUACACCGGUGCAGCGGGACAGGCGGACAUUCAGAUUUGGCUAGAUGGCGUGGAGGAUGGUGAGAGCGGCGUGGAAUCAGCUAGUGUGCUCCUGAUCAAUGCAGCACAGGACCGGACGGUAUACUCUAUCAACCAAAUGGAUUUCUCCAGUUUCUUUACCAUCUCAGAAGCCAAUAUGACCCAGGGCGAUCGGUACUAUAUCAAGGUAACUAUCCAAGAUCGGGCUGGCUGGGUCACUGCAAGAAACUCCAGUGAAUUUGUGUUUGAUGCGACGCCAGCAUCGCUAGGUUUUGUCAACGAUGGCAGCGGCGAGGACAUUGACUACACCAGUGAUACCUCAACGGUCAUGGCCAACUGGGAUACGAUUGCGGAUGCUGACAGCAGUAUAUCACACUACGACUGGGCAGUAGGCACAACACCCGGUGGAACUCAGGUCUUGGCGUACACGCCCACGGGUAGUUCAACAUCGGCAUCGUGCUCUGCCCCGGCGUGCCUACUGGAAGCCGGACUGAAGUACUAUGUCACGGUGCGCGCCACAAACGCUGCCAAGCUGCAGUCCUGGUUCAAGUCGGACGGCUUUGUCGUGGACAGUACACCACCGCUCGGCACCAGCAUUUCAAUCAACGGUGGCAGUUCAGUUGAAUUCAUCUCCUCUGGUCAGGUGUUGCAGGUGGAUUGGUCAGAUACGACCAAGGACUAUGAGAGUCCCGUCAAGCAGUAUUCAGCUUGUUUGAGUUCAAUCCAAGAUACGUGUAGUUCUGGUGCCAUGCAACCACUGGGACUACUUACCAAAACCGACUUCACAGUUGAGCAGCUGGCCAGUGGGUCUCCGCUGUACGUUGUCGUGUGGUGCGAGAAUGCGGCCGGCUUGGUGGAGAGAACGACCUCCUGGCAACUUACCGUUGACAACAGUCCACCGUCGGCUGGAGUUGUUACGGACGGCGAGACAAACGAUGACAUCGACUGCCAGCCAGUUGACCAGCCGAUCACUGCAUCCUGGCAGGGUUUCGUCGACGAGCAGAGCGGCAUUAGGGCUUACCACUGGGCAAUUGGCAGUAAGCCGCUCACUGACGAUAUCCAACCAUGGACCAACGUACAGCUGCAGACUAGUGGAAUGGCUAUGUUGAAUGGAUCAAAAAUUGGAGAUGUGCUGUACUCGUCCAUUAGGGCAUACAACAAAGCUGAGCUAUUCUCCCAAGCAGCAUCUGACGGCAUUCGUCUCCAGUCCACAACCGCAGACAAUGUUGCUGAGUUCUGCAUGGCACCCUGAGCUUGACGACAUGUUUUGUUUUCUCAGAACACUUUAGAGCCCAGAACCAUUCACCCCGUAAUACUGAUAUUUGUGGGAUGCAUGUAAGUAGGUGCUAGGGCAUAGGGUCCGCUGAUACUCCACUUUGCCCGUGUACUAGUUUCUAUUCACAUUUGACCGUAACCAGUAACCACCGAAUCCCAGUAGUAUUGCAACAUUCACUUCGGAACACGUUUAAAAAUUGAUGAGUUCAAUUUCUUUCACUCUCUUGGCCCGCAUUCCUAUUGCUAUGGCACAAAUGGAUAAAUAUCACUAGCUAUUAUAUUCCCCGUGUUUAGGAAACAACGUUAGGAUCAUUUACACAAGUUUCAUAUUAGAACGGAUUUUUCUGUCUUCUGUCACUGUAGAGGUUAUGGAAUUGCAGCAUCAUUACAUCACCAUUACAUCAUUGUUAGAGCUGCUUUGUACAUGUAUGUACUGGGCCAUACAAAGGAGUGUUAUGAUGAUGCCAGUUGCAUAACUUCUACUAGUAUACUAUCUAUAGGCAACUCUG